AUGAAGUGGUUCAUCCUGGCCCUGGUCUGUCUCCAGCUCUCAGAGGGGCUGGUGAGAAUCAGACUGAAGAAAACCAAGUCUAUACGGCAGAAAAUGAGAGAGGAUGGAGUGCUGGAGGAUUACCUGAAGAAAAUUAAGUAUGAUCCAGUUAAGAAAUACCGCUUCCAUGAGGACUAUGUUGUGUACGAGCCAAUAAGCAGCCACCUGGAUUCCUCCUACUUCGGGGAGAUCAGCCUCGGGACCCCUCCCCAAAAGUUCUUGGUGCUCUUUGACACCGGCUCCUCCAACCUGUGGGUUCCCUCCACCUACUGCCAGACGCUGGCGUGCUCGAAUCACGCGAGGUUCGAGCCCAAUGAUUCCUCCACCUUCAACUGGAACGGCCAGUCCUACGGCAUCUCCUACGGCAGCGGCUCGGUCACGGUGGUGCUGGGCUACGACACGCUGAGGAUCCAGAGCAUCACCGUCACAAACCAGGAGUUCGGGCUUAGCCAGGAUGAACCAACCCAGCCUUUCUACUACGCCGAUUUUGAUGGGAUCCUGGGAAUGGCCUACCAGUCGCUGGCGGUGGGAGGGGUACCCACUGCACUGCAGGGCAUGCUGCAGCAGAACCAGCUCACCGAGCCCAUCUUUAGCUUCUACUUCUCUCGCCAGCCCACCUAUGACUACGGGGGAGAACUCAUUCUCGGUGGAGUUGACACUCAGCUCUUCAGUGGGUCUAUUACAUGGGCACCCGUGUCCCAGGAGCUUUACUGGCAGGUCACGGUUGAUGAGUUUGCUAUCGGGCAGUCAGCGACCGGCUGGUGCAGCGAGGGCUGCCAGGCCAUCGUGGACACGGGGACGUCCCAGCUGACGGUGCCCCAGGAGUACAUAGACAGCUUUGUUCAGGCCGUGGGUGGCGAGCUGACCAGCUAUGGUUAUGCUGUUGACUGCAAUCAGAUCCAGAACAUGCCCACCAUCACCUUUGUCAUCAACGGAGCUCAGCUCCCACUCAAUCCCUCUGCCUACGUCUCGAAUAGCAACGGCUACUGCACUCUUGAGAUUGAGGCCACCUACCUGCCUUCCCAGAACAACCAGCCUCUCUGGAUCUUGGGUGAUGUCUUCCUCAAGGAGUAUUACACCAUUUUUGAUCUGGGUAACAACCGCAUUGGCUUCGCCCCAUCGGUGUAG